CUCUCACUCAACCACAGCGAAGAUCUUCACCACCAAGCCAAUCCGCCUCGUCACUUCACACAUCCAUUCUCCACUAAGACCCGCUCGCUGAAUAGACACUCGGGAGCUGGAACAGCGAGCACCUCAAACAGCUGGGAGGUAAGGCGGGUGAUGAUGUGACGCGCCUCGAGGAGGCGAACGGCCUGCUCGGUCGCCGUGUCCACGUAGCCGGGGAAGUGUUGCUCCAGCACGCCCAUGGCGUCACGGGCCGCUGAGGAAGUUGACGAGUUGAGAACACCAAUGAUCUGAGCGCACAAAAACAGGUGGGGUGCAGGCUUGUUAGGCUUCAACUGCGGUGUGCAGUUGGAUCGCCAACCUCUGUGGUAGUGGUGAGGUUGGGGUCCACUCUCAGAGGACAUCUGCGGACAUGACAGAUGAUGGCCUCUGCGGCGAAGGCCACUGCAAACGUAAGUUGCAAUAACAGAAGGAGUCCGAAAGCGCACUCCGUGUGUCAUGCACCUGCCGCCCGUAGCCGAUUGUUGGAUGGCACGGCAACUCCGCCAACUGACUUCUUGCAGAACUGAGCACACACAUCCACACACACACGGGUGUUGAGGAACACACCCACCCCAUUCUCAGCCCGCGGCCCCACCCUCCAUCCCACUCUCCCUUCCUCCCUCUGUGCACCCAUCAUUACCUGGGGUGCGUAGAGUUUGUCGAGAGUGGGCCGUAGUUCCUCAUACGCAGUGCGGCCUUGUGUGCUGAGCAUGCUCUGGGCCACCUGCAAGCGACUGACGAGGACGCGCUGCCAGGAGAUGAAGCGGAUCAGUUUGUCCAGGGCCUGAAUCGCAGUUGGCGUGGUUGUGUUGGCUGAGGCCUCAAGGAUCUGUAUGGCGCCGUCCAGGUCCAUCGAAGGAGAGGGGACCUGAGGCUGCUGGAGGGAUCUGCAGGAAGUGGCGAUGGCCUUG